AACUUGCAAGCAACCAUUCGUGCAUGGUGUAAUCCGUUCAUACACCCCUAUAUGCCUCUCUAAGAUUUAAAUACUGUUUAUGAUAUUGGGUUGCCUUUUCUGCUUCUUCAUUGGAAAUGUUGAACUUUUAAUUCCCUCUAAGCGGCGGAGGGGAUAGCCUCGUGUUCUUGCGACAUAGUUUAUAUUAGCUUACCCCGUGGACGUCACUAGGCAUACUAGGAUUACCUUACCAAACGGAGACACUGUUGUAACUGCCAAAAAUGUUUUUUACGAUGCUUGAAGUCAAGUGAACUUACAUUUUUUUAAGUACCAUAAUCGAUUUUUUUGAAGUGGCUUUUAAAGAAGGUGAAGAUGACUUGAUGAUAGAUUCUCGCGACUGUUACCAAGCUUUCCGGAUUCCAUAAAAAGAGAAAUAGUUGUUUCUUUUUCGGGUUGAUUGCAGUUUUACGCAACCUGGAGAAGAAAAAUAUUGCGGAAAAAGAGUAAAAGAACUAUUUUAUUUGUCUUGAGACUCUACCUAAGUCCAUCAUGCAUACUAUGUAUGAAAAAGUGGUUUCUGUGAUUGGGAAGCCCGUAGAAGAACGGACAGAUAUUGAGUGUCUGGACCUGAUUUCUUGGUUCCGUAACAAAUCUUCCCUCUUCCAAUCUCUCAAAGCAGAUAUAAUCAAAGACGUCAUACGACAUUGUAUCUUUGAGAGACCGAAAAGAGACGACGUCCUCAUCAAGCAGGGGGAUAAUGGAGACAGACUAUACAUAAUUCUGCGUGGAAAAAUGUCAAUUUAUGUCCUACAAGACAAAGAAAAUGACCAAGAAGUGAAACAGAUUAUAGAAAAAGCAAUAGCCAAGGGCAAAUUGGAGAGAUCAGCUCUGGGGCAACAUGUCUGGACAUCAGUUGAGGGUAACACAGUAGGAGAGAUCGCCCUUAUUAAGGACGAUUGUGUCAGAACAGCCAGUGUCGUGGUGGAUGAAGACACUGACUUGAUGGUCGUCGAUAGGACGCUUUACAACAGAUCUGUCCGCGAUGUUCUUGAAAAAGAAUUCCACGACAAAACAAUAUUCGUAGACACAAAUCCACUAUUUUCAUACUGGUCACCAAAAUUGAAGAAGUCUUUAGCAAUUUCAUUAAAACGGGAAAUUCAUCUCUAUGGAAGUCCAAUUGUUCGGCAAGGCCAGCCAAUGGGAAAUUUGUAUAUAAUUACAGAAGGCGAAGUUGAGAUUUUAAUAGACCAGGCGGGUUAUAAAGAACAAUAUCCCACUGUGUGGACGGAAAUGAAACGCUUACUUCCGGAACUUCUCCCCCCGAGACGAAGGGUAUCAAUAGGAAGGCAAAGGGAAGUUCCUGUCAACAUAACUCCAUCUGAGUCCCUGCGUCAGAAAAAGACAAUGCAUAAGCACUUUCAGAUGUGUCUGCUGGGUGGAAAUGAAAUUAUUGGUGCAACAGAAACUUUACUGGGCUUAAAAACAUACAUGGAAAAUGCAAAUGUCACACGAAAGACAGAACUUUUGUCUUUAAGUACAGGAAACUACCAACGUUUGUUCACGAAAAAAUCAGCAACUCGAAGUAUAGACCUCCUGAAAAAUGUUAUGGUGUCUCGAUUAUAUCUAUAUAUACAUAGGACUCAACUGUCUUUGCACAAUGCUUCACUGCUUAAGUACCUAUCGUUAAAACUGAGGGACCCUGACUCUUUGAAACAGCUGCGUUCACGGCAUAUAAAGAAGCCAAAGGCAAAACAGGAGAAACAUAAAGAAUAUUUCUACGGGGCAUUCAACUCCAGGCGCUGUGACAAGGAGGAGGAAAACAUCAGGAGUUUUCUGAAAACGAUGGGGGUAUACUAUAUCUCCACGGAUAAUUCUCUACCAGAGUUAGAAACAAGUCAGCGGGUAUUGGCUGAUCUCAAUGAACAUCUCUCUGAUUGGCUGAAGCGCACACGAAAAAGCGACAAACCAGAAUUCAAGGAAGUCGUUUCUCCUGAAGGACAGAAAUAUAAAAGAUACCGACUCGAGUUUUAAUACAGAUACAGGCUUUGAGUGAACCACCACGACUGGACACGUUUGUGAGAACUAAAACAGUUUGUUGAUCUGCACCGCAGGUGGUCCUACGUCAUUUCCGGGGAGAUUCCACGACCAAAGGCUGUUGUGAAACGAUCACUUUUUCCUUAGUCAAAAAUAUUACUGUCAUAUUUAUCAACGCUUUUAAUGAUUUAAGAAAAAAGAAUAUGCAUAUUUGCAAUAAUUUACAUUUUUAACUCUGUUAAAUUAAAUUUGAAAACCCUGCCUUUAUUGAA